UCUUGUCAUCAGCACCAAUGUGAUUUUACUUUCAUUUGUGUGUAAUCUCAAAUGUUCCAGAUUAAAAAAAACCCUGCAGUGCCCCCUAAUUUCCUCAUCCCCACCUUCUUCCAUCCCUCCCUCUCUCCGGACCAUUUCCCUCUACAACUCUCUCUUUCUCCCUUCCUUCAUCGCCUUCAUGCUUAUUUGAAUGAGUUGCUGGUGUUCCUACAUAUAGUAGAUGGUAUAUUUUUUUGAAGAAACUUCACCUAAAGGGGCAAAGUGAUGCAGAAAACAGCAUGGCAAGACGCUGAGAAGUAAUAAGGAGAAAAUGGACAACAAAUCUAACAAAUGAGAAAAGAGGUUAAAACAGUUGAGAUAAGUGGAUAGCUUCUCCCAUCAUCUGAUCUAUUGAAUUGCAAAGGAGGUGUAAUAUCUGAGCACAGGAAGUAACAGUGAGUUAAGGAGAACAAAGUGGGAGCAAAAGGGGGAUCGAGAGAGUGUGAAAGCAAGUGAAGGCAAGAGGAGGUAGAGCAAAAACAAGGAAUGGGAGCCAAGCCAUCCAAAAGAGAUAAUAUAAAGGGUGUUGUGUCCAUGGACUCUGGCACAGCGGCAAUGCUUGGAGUUCUGCAGAGUACAAGGGGCAGAAACGUUGAGGAUGAGGAGUCAGGGAAUGAGCAAGAGUAUGACGAGCCUCUAUAUGCUCUGGUCCAGAACUGUACCGUGCUGCAUAACAUCAUAGGUCCUGCCUGCAUCUUUCUCCGACAGAGCCUUGCUCAGGCCCAGCUUGACAGAAAUCUGAGGCCAGAAGAAAUUGAAGAGCUAAAGGAAGCCUUCAAGGAGUUUGACAGGGAUAAGGACGGCUUCAUCAGCUGUAAAGAUCUGGGCGAGUGCAUGAGGACAAUGGGCUACAUGCCAACAGAGAUGGAGCUGAUUGAGCUGAGUCAGCAGAUCUGCGGAGGCAGAGUGGACUUCGAUGACUUUGUGGAGCUGAUGGGGCCUAAAAUGUUGGCCGAGACAGCAGAUAUGAUUGGAGUCAAGGAACUGAGAGAUGCUUUUAGAGAGUUUGACUCUAAUGGUGAUGGUCAGAUUAGUCUGGUGGAGUUGAGAGAGGCCAUGAGGAAACUCAUGGGUCAGCAGCUGAACCAAAGAGAAAUUGAUGAGAUCCUCAGAGACGUGGACCUGAAUGGAGAUGGCUUAGUCGAUUUUGAGGGUAAGAGACAGAGCAAAGAAAAAUCGAACAGCUUGUGA